AUGCCUGUCCGGCUGCAUACUUUUCUUAGUUCGGCAAGGCAUAUCAGCAAUUCAUCUGUGUUCAUUUUUCAGUUCAUUGCUUUCCAUCUUAGCCCACUUUUGAUUCACUUGUCCUAUUUUGUUGUCAUUGAUGUACUUGGCUUUGCUGCCUUGAUGGCCCUGAAGCCAAGCAACCCUAACUACAGUCCUCGCUAUGUCGAUAUAUUUUUCCUUUCGACAUCUGCAGUCACAGUUACAGGAUUAGCUACCAUCAAAAUGGAGGAUCUUUCUACCUCUCAAGUAGUUAUCCUAACUCUCUUGAUGUUGUUAGGAAGUGAGAUGUUUGUUUCCCUGCUUGGCCAUAUUCAUGAGUUGAGCAAGCAAAACAAGCAUGACCCUGAAGAUAGUAGAGUUACAUCGGUUACCGUGCAAGAUGAGUCGCAGAUAGAAGAGGCAAUCCCGGCAACACCAUCAAUUAAUACCACUAGCCUCAAGAAGAGUUGCCGCAAAUACAUAGGAUUUGUGCUGUUGGCAUACAUGGUCUUGAUUCUUCUUGUAGGUUCUCUAUUGGUGUUCUUGUACGUAGCACAUGUUUCAACUGCAAGAGAUGUGCUAACAAGGAAAAGUAUCAAUACCAUGCUCUUCUCGAUAUCAGUCACCGUCUCUUCUUUCACCAACGGAGGGCUGAUUCCGACGAACGAGAGCAUGGCGGUUUUUUCCUCAAACCAGGGCCUCCUCCUGCUACUCACUGGCCAGAUUCUUGCAGGCAACACCCUGCUUCCUGUGUUUCUGAGGCUGAUGAUAUGGGCACUGAGAGGACUAAGAAUAACCAGAGCUAAACCUGAAGAGUUGGAGUUCAUGAUGAACAACACAAAGGCCUUGGGUUCUAACCACUUGCUGCCUAACAAGCAGACAGUAUUCCUUGCAGCAUCGGUCGCUGCUCUCAUAGCCGUGGCCGUCACGUUUUUCUGCUGCUUGAACUGGGAAUCCGCAGUGUUUGCGGGGCUGACCCCCAAUCAGAAGAUCACCAACGCAUUGUUCAUGGCGGUGAACACAAGGCAGGCAGGGGAGAAUUCCAUUGACUGCUCCCUCGUCGCUCCUGCGGUUUUAAUACUAUUCAUCGCCAUGAUGUGCAUCCCGGCCUCGACAUCAUUUCUCUCACUGCAUGAAGGUGCCGAGAGGGGCAUCACAGAACACAAGGAUGGGGCAAACAAGAGAAGAAUGUCGCUGAAUAAAAUGCUGUUUUCACCACUAGCCUGCACCGCAGUGCUGAUAAUGCUGGCCUGCAUCACCGAGAGGAGAUCGCUCUCCGCCGACCCCCUCAAUUUCUCCACAUUCAACAUGAUCUUCGAGGUCAUAAGCGCGUACAGGAACGUAGGACUGUCCACCGGUUACAGCUGCGCGAGGCUGCCGCACGCGGAGAAGCAGAGCGUCUGCCAGGACAUGCCCUACAGCUUCUCCGGGUGGUGGAGCGACCAGGGGAAGGUGGUUCUUGUCCUGGUGAUGCUCUACGGGAGGCUCAAAUGCUUCCACAGGCAGAGGAGCUAG